CGUAGAAGAACGUCUUCAACUCCAGUCCUGUGCCUUCGUCCACUUCUGCAUAAGCAGAGCCCGUAAUGGCCAGGGCCCGGAAGUAUGCUGCCAUUGCCGUGCUGGUGAUUUUUCUUACGACUUUAGAAUUCCAGGCUCUGCAUUGGUCGAAAAUUGGAAUCCCAAAACCUCUACUGAAACCUCUGAUUCUUCGACGGGUGAAGAUCCCAGAGAACAUGACUGCAAAAACUCCACAUCUAGUGCUGGUAACAUCUCCAAAUACGUCGACUUGUAAAACUCCUUACCAAGCGCUUGUAACAUUUCCAAACACCACGAGCAAAACUCCAUAUCGAGUGAUAGUAACAUCUAGAAACAACAACACAAGCAAAACUCUUCACCAGUCGCCAGUACCAUCUCCAAACAACACAACCAAAACUGUUCACCAAGUGCUAGUAACAUUUCCAAACAACGCAAGUAAAACUCUCCAAACAUUAGCAAUAUCUUCAAAGAACGCCUGGACGACACCGUCGCCAAAGAAGCAAGCAAGACCCAAAAACCUAAAGUCAACUAAAACUCCUCACCAUGAAAAUGUCUCAUCUCCAAACAAUACUACGACUAAAACUCCUCGCCAUGAAAAUGUCUCAUCUCCAAACAAUACUACGACUAAAACUCCUCACCAUGAAAAUGUCUCAUAUCCAAACAACACCACGACUAAAACUCCUCACCAUGAAAAUGUCUCAUCUCCGAACAACACUAAGACUAAAACUCCUCACCAUGAAAAUGUCUCAUCUCCAACCAACACUAACACUAAAACUCCUCACCAUGAAAAUAUCUCAUCUCCAAACAAUACUACGACUAAAACUCCUCACCAUGAAAAUGUCUCAUCUCCAAACAACACUACGACCAAAACUCCUCACCAUGAAAAUGUCUCAUCUUCAAACAACACGAAGACUAAAACUCCUCACCAUGAAAAUGUCUCAUCUCCAAACAACACUACGACUACAACUCCUCACCAUGAAAAUGUCUUAUCUCCAAACAACACUAAGACUAAAACUCCUCACCAUGAAAAUGCCAAAGCCCCAAAAGUUACAAAAAUUGAAGCUUGCUACCUUGAGCAGGUUACGUGCCCAAAGAACACAAACAUAGUCGUCCUAAACAGAAACCGCCAGUAUCACCAAGGAGACGUUCUAACCGCUAGGGUGGUGGUAAAAGACAAAGAGGGAAGGCCAAAGACGUACGGGGGAGACUUUUUCCGAGCCAGACUGGUCAGUAGUGCCCGUUGGCCGCACGCCAGUAGCGCCGGUAACGUCACUGACCAUAUUAACGGCACCUACACCGUGCAGUUCCCGUUGUACUGGGCAGGGGGCGUUACGAUAAAGAUCCAGCUGGUCCAUCCCAGCGAGGCAGUGAAGGUCCUAGAGAGAGUGCGAGAAGUUCCAAACAAGAGAGUCUUCCACUGUAGUUUCGUCGACGCGAAGACGAAGGCCACCAACACAACACAGUGUUUCAGUUCUGCCAACUCUAGUCUACUGCCCCACCAACAGUGCGACUUCUCAAAGCCAGAAGUGAACGGGACCUGGAUUUGUGAGAAACCGGACAAACUUCCGUGUUCCGCCAUAUCAAAGUGCAGAUGGGACUCGGGAAAGAGCAGGGCAAAGAUGCUGGAACUAUUGUCUGAAGAGGAGAAGAAACUUUUCCAAAAGCCCUAUCUUGAGGAGGAACUUGAAGUUGACCCCAAGGAGCCCAUACAUGUUCUUGAAGCAGAAGUUCCCACACCUCAACACCUUCCAGCGUGUACCUGGGACAAGUCUGCAGCUUUGGGACAUUGGUCAGGCAAGGUCUGGACGUCGUCCGUCUGCAAUGUCCGAGUGUUCACUCAGAAUGACAUCCGGCGGUGCCUGGCUAACAAGACCGUGUACAUGCAAGGUGACUCCACCAUCAGACAAUGGGGCCAGCGUUUGCUGACGGUAGUACCGUUGAACCACAACAAGACCAAGGGUUAUUUAGCUCGUUUGGAAGGAGACAACAGCCAAUGGAACAUUUCUGUUCGCUACCGGUUUCACCACUUCCCCGUACAGGGAGGCGCUUGGUGUGUCUUCUAUGACUUCCGCUACGUUGUUAAAACGCUGGACUCGAUUCUCGGAGGCCCAAACACGAUAAUAGUCCUGAGUCUGUGGGCCCACUUUACGUCAGAGCCGCCAGAACUGCUCCGGUCCAGACUGUACGCCAUACGGGCCGCCAUACACCGUCUGAAGCGCAGGGCUCUCGGCACACGGGUUUUCGUCAGAACUGGAACAACGCGUGAGCACAAGGGAGGAAAGUUGGAGUUCUACCUGCUAGGAAGCGACUGGCUGGCUUACCAGAUCACGGAGGUGAUACGAGAGAUGUUCCGGGCGGAUCCAGACGUGGUUGUGUUGGACACGUGGGACAUGAGCGUGUGUCAGCCGGGAAAAGACAACGUGCACCCAGACCAAACCAUGGUGGACAGUCAACUUAACAGGCUGCUUUCUCAUAUAUGCCCAUAGGAGGAGUUUUGAAGCUUUAGAUAAAGCACAAGUAUGUUGUAAUUGUCUUCGCCAGAAGGUUAUGUUUUGGUUUGGCGAUGGUGGAGUGAGUGUUGAAGUG